GGUCCGGGCCCCGCCCCUCCUCCGGGCUGCAGCGGCGGCGGCGUUGGCGGCGGCGGUGUGGUGGCGGUGGGGGCGGCGGGCUGCCGUGGAGCCCGCCGAGUCCUAGCGCCUGACCCUGCGCGUCGCUGCGGCGGGCCGGACGGACCGUCUCGCCGCAGGAUUAAUUUAUUUUUGGAAAUCAAGUGCAAUAUUAAAGGGAAAACAAACCACACUCCAUUAUUGGAAGCCAUUUCUGCUAAUUUUAUUACAUUUUAAAAUUUAUGAUUUGAUUUGAAUACUAUCAUGGGAGGAGCUGUGAGUGCUGGGGAAGAUAAUGAUGACUUAAUUGAUAACUUAAAAGAAGCUCAGUAUAUCCGCACUGAAAGAGUGGAGCAAGCCUUCAGAGCGAUUGAUCGCGGAGAUUACUAUUUGGAAGGCUACCGAGACAAUGCGUACAAAGACUUAGCCUGGAAGCAUGGCAACAUACACUUGUCAGCACCUUGCAUUUAUUCUGAAGUUAUGGAAGCGUUGAAACUUCAACCAGGAUUGUCUUUUCUUAACCUGGGAAGUGGAACCGGAUAUUUAAGUACAAUGGUGGGCUUAAUUUUAGGUCCUUUUGGAAUAAAUCACGGGAUUGAGCUUCAUUCAGAUGUGGUGGAAUAUGCCAAGGAAAAACUGGAGAGCUUCAUCAAAAAUAGUGACAGCUUUGACAAAUUUGAGUUCUGUGAACCCGCAUUUGUGGUUGGUAAUUGCCUCCAGAUAGCGUCUGACAGCCAUCAGUAUGACCGCAUUUAUUGUGGGGCUGGUGUCCAGAAGGACCAUGAAAACUACAUGAAAAUCUUACUGAAAGUUGGAGGCAUUCUGGUCAUGCCUAUAGAAGAUCAGUUAACACAAAUUAUGCGAACUGGACAAAACACUUGGGAAAGUAAAAAUAUCCUUGCUGUUUCAUUUGCUCCUCUUGUACAACCAAGUAAGAAUGAUAAUGGCAAACCAGAUUCCGUAGGACUCCCUCCCUGUGCCGUCCGGAAUCUCCAAGACUUGGCUCGCAUUUAUAUCCGACGUACACUUCGAAAUUUCAUAAAUGAUGAGAUACAGGCCAAGGGGAUUCCUCAGAGGGCUCCACCCAAAAGGAAAAGAAAGAGGGUUAAACAGAGAAUCAAUACUUACGUAUUUGUGGGUAAUCAGCUUAUCCCUCAGCCUCUAGACAGUGAGGAGGAUGAGAAAAUGGAGGAGAAUAACAAAGAAGAGGACGAGAAAGACCACAGCGAUGCCAUGAAGCCAGAGGAACCACCUCAGAAUUUACUGAGAGAAAAAAUCAUGAAACUCCCUCUCCCUGAAUCUUUAAAGGCUUACUUGACAUAUUUUAGAGAAAAAUAACUUAGAUCACGAAGAAAGAAUGCCUACUGAUAAUUCCUUUAGUCUUGAAAAUGUAGCAUUUGUUAGGAGUUAAAAGAGAGCGAAUUCUUUCCACAGAGCGAACUAUAGUGGAAAAGGUAUAACUUGUUUCUGUCUUAGUAAUAAAAAUGAUGUAUUCAGUAAUUAAAAAGAAUCCCUUUUUAUAAAAUAUAUUUUUCUUUAAAUCUUGGAAAAAAGGCUGUUUUAACUCAGAGUGACUUCAAGAGUGGAAUACAACAAUACUCAAGAUUUGUAUACCGUAAAUCCUUUUCUGAUUCCUUACAGAUUUGUAGUGCUGAGGCUUACAUUUCAUUUUAUAGAAGGUUACAUAAUUGUUAAGCAUAUACUGGUUUUUGAACAGCAGUUCUUUUCCUUUCCUCUGUGAAAACCUUCUGAGCGAAUUAGGAAAUCAAAUGCUGUGUAGACCCACUCACCUUACUUCGGUUGCGGUCACUACUGUUGAGUUGCUGUAGUAUUCCGGGCAAUCUAUGAGUGCAAUAACAAUUCAGAUGUUGAAUAAUUUAGCUUUAAAAAAAAGUUUCGUGGAGUUCAGUGGCACUGCUACUUUUGCUUUUGAAUCUAUUGCCAAAAGACAUGGGAAAAUAUCUGCUUCUCUCCUAGAGAUUUUAAGAGCACAUCAAGUGAAUAUUAAAUAAAAAGUAUAUACUUGAUACAGUUCUUGAUUUGUAUGGACCCUUUACAUUUUCAGUAUUUAAAAACAAUGAGGUUAUCCUACUCUCUGGAGUUUUAGAAGAUAGUAUGUUUGGGAUGGGUUUUUCUCUUGUCCACUGUGUAAAGUGUUUGGUUUAAAAAAAAAAUCCACUGUUCUGUAUGACUGUCGAUACGACAGACAGGUAGGGAGUGAGCAUGAGUAACGGCCCCUUUCUUGGGCUGCUCUCAGAAGCAGGUGCACUUUAGCAAAUGGAACUUCUGGUUCAUUUGAAUCUUUGUCUUUGACAAGGUAGGACUGAGCGAGCCUCAGAAAGAAACUCAUCUUUGUAGUGUAGGAGAUGUUCACAGGAAUUGUAUGCAGAUGCCUCUUGUUUUGAAAAUCCAAUUCAGAAUCAUAGUGUAAUCUUUGGGACCUAUGUUGUGCUCAUUUAACUUUCUCACGGUGUGUGGGUUGUUUGUUGUUGUUGUUGUUGCUUUUGGUGAAGUUCUAAUUAUCACUUUUUUCUUCAUAUCACACACUUAAACUAUCCGUCAUUAGAAUAUUAAUUAUAGCUUACCAGCGAUACAACAGUAAAUGCCAUUUUUGAUUUGUUCCUUUUCUUCCCACUAGGGCCUGAAAAUAGUCAUUCCUUGUUAAGAAAGUACACAAUGCAACAUACUUACUACUUCAUGUAACAUGGAUUAUGUAUUUUUUAAAAGGAAAAAUUUGAGUGUAUCUCUUAUUACCACCAGCAUCCCUGGUCCCCGUAGUUGGUCAACUAUGUUUAAGGAAACCCAACGGCUACAUAGUAAAAGGAUUGUUAUUAUCUCUUUUCAAAGAUUCAACUAUUAGUAAUACAUAGUUGGUUUAAAAAAUCUCAGCUCUGGUAAUUCUACACAUUUAAAAAUGAGCAUUUGAAAUAUUCUAAGUAUGAAUUAUCUCAAGUAAAUGAGGGUAUUUUAGUAAUGGGAAAGAUAAUUUCAUGGAAGGUAUUUGUUUUAUACCAGUGACUCUAGGGCUAGGUUGAUAGGGGUUGGGGGGUUGGGUGUUAUCUCCACAAUGUUUUUCUUUUUUUAGAUGAUUGCUAAGCUGUUACUGUUAAGAAAUGUCCCAUCUCAUUUCUAUCAAGGAAAAAAAAUAGUUGAUACAAUUGUCAUCUGUUAGGAACGGUCACUUAAUUUAAAUUAAAUGUUAGUUUUAGAAGUUUAGUAUUAUUCCUGGUGCCCCCCUGUUUUUAUCCAGCAACCCCCCCCCCCCCCGGCCGCCCUCUCCGUACUCACUCUGUCGGUUUUGGAGCUCGUGUCCAGAUAGUAAACAUACAUAUUCUUAAAUGAUGAUUUUACUAUUCAGAAGAGAGUUUUUGUUAAGGAUAUAUUUGAAGAUUGACUUGCUCACAUGGUCUUUUACUCUGUGGACCUUGGCAAAGUAUACAGUAGGUUUUCGUUGCCAUUACAUAUUUUUGUCAUUGAAAUGUAUCUUUUGUGUUUUUAAAUGCAUCCAUUUUACAGUUGUGACUUUAUUAUUGACUUUAAAUAAAGAAGUAGAAAUAAAUGAAAAUUAAA